AUGGAGGUGCCUAUUGCUGCCCUUGCUGUCCUGUUCUUCACAGAGGCCCUCUGCCCCCAGGCCUGGUCUGCCUCAUUUGGUGCUAACACCCCAACAGCCUGCUUCUUCUCCUAUAUCUCCCAGCAGAUUCCGCUCAAAUUUGUGGAUGACUAUCAUGAGAGCAGCAGCCAGUGCUCCAAGCCGGCUGUCAUCUUCCUAACCAAGAGAGGCCGGCUGGUCUGUGCUGACCCCAGUGAGGCCUGGGUCCAGGAGCACGUCACCAAUCUGGAGCCAAAUGCCUGA